AUAGGUUUUUAGCAGCCCUUCCUUUGAACCCACGAAAGGAACAUUAAGGCCGAUACAAGCGAUUUUCACGUGAGAGUGAAACUAUUCUUCUGCCACCGGUUUCUUGCCUCCUUCUGAACCUCUGCUGCAGAUGCAUCUACUCAAUCGUUCAAAUCAAAACCAGAUUUCGAAACGAAUGAAACCUGAUUCGCCUAAUGGACCACACGGCUUGAUUCAAGUCUUCCCUGGCGACCCUCGGAUUUUAGGGUUUGUAGAAAGAACAGGAAAAAUGUUUGCUGAACUUCCUUGGGACGUGCUUGGUGUCAUUUGCAAAAGACUAGAUUUUGACGAUCUCUUUCAAUUUUCUCGUGUCUGCACAAAUUGGAGGGAUUUUUAUAAAUCAAUAGAUAAAUCAAAUUUCUUGACAUCCCAAGAACCAUUACUUCUUGAGGCUUUGAAUUGUCCUCAUAAGGGACCAUGUUCCUUUAUUAGCCUACCCAAACAAAAAGUUUACCCCUUGAAGAAUAUGAUGAUGAACAUGAUGAGUUACUCCAAGUUCCCCUUUCCUAUUUAUAUUACCUAUUCUAGUAGUUAUUUCAUUAUUAUAGCAGAUAAUUCUUCAUUUCUGCUAAUCAAUCCAUUUACACGAGAAAAGAAGAAGGUAAUGUAUCCAUCCACCUUUAAAUUUAGUUACUCUCUUUAUAAGUACAAUGCCUUGCUUGCUUUUGACAAAUACUCCGACGAAUUUGUGUUGGUGAUUUUAUGCAAAAAGUCUAACAUUUUGCUUGUCUAUCAAUCCCGAAAUAAUGGUUGGGUUACUUAUCCCACGACCGGCAUCAGCAACCCUGUUGUUGACUUUGCAGUUUUGAAUAAUAUAAUAUAUGUUGUCACUAAGAAGGGCAAGAUAGGAGUACUCAGCUUGAAUUUUGCAAAUAUUAAAUUUCUAAAUCUGGAGAAUACUCCCAAUAUACAUAACAUAUCACACCUUAACUUGGUUAACUGUGAAGAGGAACUUUUAUUGGUUAAUUUAACACCAAAGUUAAGGAGUAAGGAAGUUUACAAGAUAGACUUCUUAACUAUGAGUUAUGUUAAACUGGAAACCUUAGGUGACAAUGCAUUAUUUUAUGUUGGGUGGAAAAGCUGUAAGGCAUUGAGCAAUCCGAAUAGGUGGGGGUAUGAGAGCAACACUGUGUAUGAAGUCUGUUUUCUAUUUCCCAAUUGUAAUGCAUAUAAUUGGGAUAAAAAAUCGGAUGAAAAAAACAUUGCGCCUCCAAGUCCUAAAAUAAGGUCCAGUAUUUAUGAUUGGUGUUUUAGACAUAUAAAAUAUGAAGUAGAUUAUUCUCUAGUUGAGUAACUUGUUCGGUGUGUUUUACUAUGGAAAGAAAAACUUGUAAUAGUUUAUAGUUUUUGAUAUUAUUCUAUUAUAAUUGUGACAUUAAUAAAAAUAGUUAUUUCUUAAAAUAAUUGUUACUUUUAAUUUGUAA